GUCACCUUCGCUUAUUCCAUUUUGGUCUAAAGUAUUACCGCCCACGUCGAGCUCAGCCUGUAAUCUUUUCAGCGGGGCAGGGAUCACGAUGGCCUCGGAAAAGCACGUCGCCGUCCUCGCGUUCCCGUUCACCAGCCACCCCCCGCCUCUCGCCAACCUCCUCCGCAAGCUGGCGGAAGCCGCCCCGGACGUCCGCUUCUCCUUCUUGAGCACGGCCAAGUCCAACGGCGAUCUCUUCCCGUCGAGGGCCGAGCUGCCCCCCAACGUCGGGAUCUACGAAGUCGACGAUGGCUUGCCGGCCGGAGCGACUAAGCUGCACCCGCGGGAGCAGGUGGAUGCGUUCCUCAAGCGAGCGCCGGAGAGUUUUCGAGCCGCCAUCGACGCGGCGGAGCGAGAGGCGGGGAAGAAGGUGAGUUGCCUGCUGAGCCAUGCUUUCUUAGUCUUCGCGUGCGAGAUCGCGGAGCAGAUGGGGGUCCCUUGGGUGACGUUCUGGGUCCCGUCUCCCUGCUUUCUGUCCGCUUGCAUCCACGUCGAAGUCCUCGGUCGGCUCCGCUGCGGAACCUCUUGCGGCGGCGUGGCAGAGGCCGAGGCCGAUGACAAGGCCCUGGAAAUGGUUCCAGGGUUAUCCUUGUUUCGCAUGUCAGAUAUCCCGGACGAGAUACUGCAAGAGCAGAACCCGAGGAUGGUGCCGAACCUUCUCCGCCAGAUGGGGAACGUGCUGCCCCGCGCCACGGCCGUCGUGGUGAACUCGUUCGAGGAAGCGAACCCCGCGCCCCUCGUAGCGGACUUGAAGUCCAAGCUCAAGAUCCUCCUCCACGUGGGUUGCCUCACGGUGCAAUUCCCUCCGCCGUCCCUGCCGCCGAGCGCCGCCUCAGAUCAUACCGGUUGCUUGGCGUGGCUAGAUGCCAGAGACCCUCGCACCGUAGCGUACAUAUGCUUCGGGACGAUCGCAAUGCCGUCACCCGGGGAGGUGGCGGCUCUCGCUGAGGCCCUGGAAUCCACCGGGACCCCGUUCCUGUGGUCGCUGAAGGAGCACAUGAUGGUCCACAUGCCCGAGGGGUUCCUGGAGCGGACGGGGGCGCAGGGGAAGAUCGUGCCGUGGGCGCCGCAGAGCCGGGUGCUGAGCCACCCGGCGUGCGGGGCGUACGUGACGCACUGCGGGUACAAUUCGGUGUUCGAGAGCGUGGCGGGGGGCGUGCCGAUGAUAUGCAAGCCGUUCUGGGCGGACAACGCGAUGAACGCGAGGAUGGUGAAGGAAGGGUGGGGGAUCGGAGUGGGAGUGGAGGGAGGGAUGAUCACGAAGAGCGGGAUGGAGAAGGCGUUAGAGGCGGUGCUGAGGGGCGAGGAAGGGAAGGAGAUGAGGAAGAAGGUCGGCGAGCUUAGGGCGAGAUUGGCGGAGGCUGCUGGGCCUGGCGGGAGCGUCGAAGCUGAUUUCAAGACUCUCGUGGAGCUGAUCUCUGCUGCUUGAUGUUGUUUUCGUUUCUAGUUCUGCUUUGCAUGCUUUGUGGGGAUGAAGAUGCGCGGCUCGCCGGACAUGGAAUCGCUGACAGCUCAUGUGUCUCCGAGAACAUGGAGGAUGAAGCCAUGCAACUAUGAAAACCGGUCGCCUCGAAAAACAUUUCCGAUGCAGUUAUGUCGUUUAACUAUUGAAGCUCCUCAAAGUUCUUUCGCAGAUUGGAGCGCCAUAGUUUGUAUCUGACCGAUCAAAUGCAGGUUCAAACGAUUGCUCUGUUUCUGUUUUGGUAUAAUGGUUUUACUCGCGCGUCGUUCUG